AUGCCCAAAGUCGUCGUCGUUCCCACCAAGGGCAAGACCGAGAUCCGCGACCUCCCCAUCCCCGAGCCUGGCCCCGGAGAGGUCGUUGUCAAGACUCGUGCCAUCGCUCUCAACCCGACUGACUGGAAACACCGCGACUUUCUCGCCCCGGACAACUCGUGGCUCGGCUGCGACUUUGCCGGCACAGUCGAGAAACUCGGUUCGGGCGUCUCGAACGUCAAGCAGGGCGACCGCGUCGCUGCAUUUGUACACGGUGGACAGUGGGAGGGCGAGGGCUCGUUCGCCGAGUAUGUCAAGGCGCAGGCGACUCUCGUCUGGAAGGUGCCCGAGAACGUGAGCGACGAGGAGGCGGCUGCAGCGGGCGGUAUCGGUCCCUGGACCGCGAUUCAAGCGCUUUACAUGCGACUCAAGCUCAACCUCCCCUCCAACCCGACAAAGAACGCCGAGCCCAUUUUGAUCUGGGGCGGUUCGACCUCUGUCGGCCUCUACGCUCUCCAACUCCUCAAGCUCUCGGGGUACACGCCCAUUGCUGUCUGCAGCGAGAAGAACUUUGACCUCGUCAAGGAGUUUGGCGCGGCUGCUGCUUACUCCUACUCCGACCCGGAGGUCUCGUCGAAGAUUGCCAAGGACUACCCGUCGCUCCAGUACGGCCUCGACACGAUCGCCGAGGGCAAGACGACCGUCUCCUGCGUCAAGGCUGUCGCUGCGGCCAAGGGCGAGGGCCACAUCAUGACGCUCUUGACGAACAAGGACGAGGAGCUCCAGCAGUACAAGGACAAGGUUCCUGCCGAGAUGAACCUUGUUUACACCGUGCUGGGCGUCGAGUUCGACUGGCCGGGCGUCACGUUCCCCGCGAUGCCGGAAGACAAGCGUCAGAUGGAGGAGUGGUGCGCCAACAUCCUUCCCGACCUCUUCGCCUCCGGUAAGCUCAAGGCCAACCCGAUCCGCUCGUUCGACGGCGGCCUCGACAACAUCACCGAGGGCCUCGAGUACCUCAAGGCAGGCAGUAACUCGGGCCAGAAGGUCACGUACAAGAUCUAG